AUGCUUAUAUUUGUAUUUUUAACCCUUAAUCUAGAUGAAUGCGACUCAGAAAUACUAUUAACUCUAAUAUCUAGAUCCGACAUAAAUUCUGAGUUGUGGAGCAUCGGUUGGUACCAUGUGCCACCGCAUGGGCCAAAAGGUUACUGGAAAUCAGCACAAAGAGAUCUUGACGAAGACGAUUACAGAUAUGGCAAAAGCUCUAUCUGGCUGGCUCCCGAGGAGAGCCACACAGCCGACCUGCCGACCCUUCGGAAAGGAAGACGACUGUGCAUUCGGCAACUAGAUUGCCCGACGCUUGAACAACUGAGUGAAGAGAGUGCCUGGAUGCGUGAGACCUUCAAUACAAAGGCAGCUAAAAAACAGAGAAAUUGGCUAAUAGAGGAAGACGAGGCGAAUAUCGAGGCAAGGAUAACACAAUCUGGUGAAAAAGCGCGGGCAAAUCUGGCCUACGCUCGCCUGCAUGCGGCCAACAAGUGGAAUAGCCAUUUGCUGUUGAGCGACCAAGUCGGGAUCAGUAGAGACAUAAAUAGAGACGUCUACAAACUAAACGACGCAAGAAAAAAAACUAGCAACGAGACAAAAUGGCCGGAAGACGUGACAGGAAUCUGGCAAUGUUGGGUGGAGGGCUAUAGCUCAGGUCAGUUGGCUAUUGACUCAUAUAAAGCUGAUGAACAGCUGGCAAUAUAUCCACGCAUACGGCGGACACGCUGGCUAGUCACGGAGAUCCGUAUAAAUGCUGGAUACGAGAAACCAGAGGCCGAAUAUUUCGACACGGAUACUACUGUGCUGGUGAUAAUACUAAUCUGCGUGCCAAGCUUGCUUUUGCAGACCAGCCUGUUAAUAUGCCUGCCAAUCAUCGCUAGCGAAAAGUGGGCUCACCUUUUACCCAUUCGUGCUCCUACCUACUCGAAAAAACUAGACUGCUUCAUUGGGGAUACCAAUCGGCCUGAUAGUCUAGAUGAACAUAACGUCCUCAGACUGCGACUAGCUGAGAAGGGCUUUUACGAG